UUCAAACAAUAAAUGGUGAUGUGAACAUGGAACUUAUUGCAAAAAGUGAUAUUCCCAGACUACUCAGAAAUUUGAUUAUAAGAUGCCUUGACGUCAAUCCUGAUAAUCGACCAACUUGUGAAGAACUAAUUGAUGUUUUUACGCAAGUGAAAUCCAGAAAAGCUGGUUAUUAUAUCGAUGAAUUGUCGGAGCUUUAUAGACAAAUCCAAAAAAUUGAAUCGUCAAACAAUUGA